GUGUUGAUGUAAGGAUCCAGCCAACCCUUCUGUCCGAUCGUGAGUUACCAGCGUCUUGACAAGUCGGCGUCGCGGCCAUGGCCACAACCACGUCGCAUCCCCCUAGUGCGACUGUCUAUGUGAAGAACCUCGAGGAACGCAUCAAGGUGGACGCUCUUAAAACAGCCCUCACCGAAAUCUUCUCUGAAUAUGGAAACAUCAUCGAUCUAGUCGCAAAGACCAACCUCAAAGCCAAAGGGCAGGCAUUUGUCGUUUUCGACAGUGCGGAGGAUGCAGCCAAAGCGAUCGAGGAAAUCAACGGCUUCGAGCUUUUCGACAAGCCCAUGCAGCUGGACUUUGCACGUACGCGAUCCGAUGCGACUGUCCGCAAGGAAGAUGGUGAACAAGGUCUAGAAAAAUGGAAGCGCACACGGUUAGCCGAGAAAGAGAGAAAGCAAGCUGUUGAGGCCACACAACAGAAGUUGAAGAGACCAGCGCAAGCCGCAGGCGCACCAGAUGCCCCUGGUCUUUCAGCAAGACCGAGCAAGGCGGUCAAGGGUGCAGGAUUGAAGGCCUCAGGAACAAACAAUGCCGCCAUCAUCCCCGACGAAUAUCUUCCUCCGAACAAGAUUCUAUUCUUGCGGGACCUCCCCGACAGCUACGACGCGGAUGGCCUGUCGAGAAUAUUCAGUAGAUUUGAAGGUUUCAAGGAAGUCCGAAUGGUGCCUGGGCGAAAAGGUAUUGCUUUUGUGGAAUACGAAGCAGAGGCUGGGGCUAUCAGCGCCAAAGAGGCAACGUCGGGCAUGCAGCUGGGAGAUGAAGGCAAAGGCAUCAGAGUCACUUAUCAACGAGCCUGAACGCGUCUCACGACAUGGACUAUGUAAAAGCUGCAUGAAUACUGCUAUUGGCGUUUAGGGUUGGCACACUUUGAUACCCAGGCAUAGAUGCGGGUUUAAGGGCCAUAGGUUCAGACGAUAAUAAGCUGAACCACUCAAAAGAUAACAUCAUCAUCCUCACGCUCACCGAGUACGUCGACUGUUUCGGCAUCUGGGGCUGGGGCCUCUUUGCCGGCGGCCUUGUCUUUUUGUCUCUGCUUCAAAAUCUCUGCAUCUGCCGCGGCCUGGUCCCGUUGUUUCUUGCCUGAAACCUUUUUCAGUCUGUAGAACUCUUCACGAUCGAGUUCGUCCAACUCUGAAUUGAUGUCUAGUCAAA